AUGGCAAAGCGCAGCUGCGUGAACUUGGAUGUCAUUGUGGAGCUGAAAGUGGACGAGGGUGAUACUCUGGAAGGCCUGGCAAAGAUGUACCACCUGCCAUUUGAGAAGCUGCUGGCAGCCAACAAAGGCAAAGACAAGGUGAAGGCAGGAGACAGGCUGCACUUCAAGAUCCCUCUGCCAGAGGACGAGGAGGCGCUGCGCCAGCUGCUGACACCCAGCAAGGAGCUCAUCAGGGAGGCAGUCCUGGAGCGUGCAGCAGAGACAGGGCAGCGCACAAUCGGAGGAAUUACAAAGGGAGAGCAGAAUGAGGAUAAUAGAGUCUUCCAGGGAGUGGGUCCACAGGGCGGCAAGCACACCUAUCUCGCCACAGCAAAGUACUUGGGUGGCGCGGCAGGAAGAGUAUUGCUGGUGGGGCUGGCGUUGUAUGCUCUGGUGCGCAUGGGGAAGAAGCUGACAGAAAAGGACAAGGCAGCUGCUGCCAGAUCUGGCGCAGCGUGGCCGGCCAUGGAUGACGCCGACCUGACCACCCGGUUCAGGCUGAAGCGCCCUGAAGGGAACACCCCAGACACCCCUGUCCAGGGCAACAGGGGAGGCGAAGCAUCGACUAGCACAUCUCCAUUAGCCGGCGGCAUUGUAGACUCUCCAGCAGCCCCAGCUGCUGCUCAGCAAAGCACUUCGUCCCAAAAUUGCGCCUCUCCUGGUCGUAAGGCUGCAACUCAGAAGGGAGGGGAGAGCGGCUGGAGCAGCGAGGAUCCGGCGUGGCUGGCGCUGCUGGCAGUGCACUACGCAAUGCUGCCGGGCAACCAGCAGCCCUGCUUCCGCGUCGCGCUCGGCCACGGGGACACGCGCGCCUGGCUCGCCUGGGAGGAUCCGGACGAUCUGCGGCGGCUGCUGCGGUGCAUGGAGGAGAACGGCCUCGUGCCGGAGCCGUCCGCCGUCAGGGUUGUGGCCUGCCCGCCCUACGAGUACCUGCAGACCGCCGAGUACAACGGCCGCCCUGUCGGCUUUGUGCCCAAGGGAACGCUGAUUGAGGAGGCGUGGCACGACGAGCAGCUGAUGGAUGCGCUGGUGGCGGCGGCUCAGGUGGUGCCACGUCAGCCCGGCGGCGAUCCCUCCUCCGCCCACUCCAUCCUCUCUCGCUGGCGGCAGCGCACCGGCGUCGCCGUCGACAGCAAUGAUGUCCUUGGCAGCGGCGCUUGGGAGGUGCGCAGCAUAGACGAGGAUGAGGAGGCAGACUAUUACGAUUCUCUGGCCGGGGGCCGGGUGAUAGAGGCCUUCACAGAACCCCUCAACGACGCCGACAGCGGCACACAACAGCCACCGCAGCGCGCGCAGCACACAGACAACGAAGCUUCAUCAGCAGAGAACGCAGCGGAGCAAGAUGCAGGAAUGGCGGACGAAGAAGAUGACCGGACGGUGUGGCAGCGGCUGAGGGGGGUUAAGCGAGGGGGCGGAGCCAAAUCGGGCAACGGCAGGGCAGGCCAGAACGGGGCGGAUCGCGGCGGGCGGCUGAGUGCCCGGCGCAUCCUGGAGCGCAGCACCAGCAAGAACGGGGGGUCCGGGGGGACCGACCCCUUUGCUGAGAUGCUCGGCCUGGGCUCAAGCAGCAGGAACAAGCCAGAACAGAGGGAACGCCCUGGACAGCAGCAGCAGCAGCAGCAGCAGCAGCAGCAGCAGGCGCCGUCCUCUGGAGGCCACCAGAAUGGCGCACAGAACGGUGCCAGUGGGCAGGCUCCUGGCAGCGCUAAUGUCAGCGGCUCAGCAGGCAAAUCUGCUGAUGUCAGCGGCUCAGCUAGCGGCUCUGCUGACGUGGAUGAGCGGGCGCAGCGGUAUGCGGAGAUCCUGGGGAAGCAGCGUGAUGUGGCCGGCUCGCACACCCACCUGGACAAGGUCCGGCGGGAUCCUUUGCCAGUGGAAAUCAAUGACGAUCAGGAAGGUGACAGAGCCGCUGAGUCACCCAGUGACUCACCAGGGGCCUCGCCGGGCCCGGCCGCUGACUGGACGCAGGCUGCUCGCCGUGGGCAGCGCCUGACAGACCUCACAGCCGCUGCUGCAGCAUCACAGCAGCGCAGCCGCCCGGAGAAGCACAGAGCAGGCGGCAGGAGCAGCACAGGGCCCGGCGCGGAGUGGCUGCGGCUGCCGAUGGUUUGCGUACCAGUGCGCGAGUUCCGCGGCGGCGGCUACGGGUUCCUGACGGCCGAUACGGCGCCGGCGGUGGCCACCGAGGGCGGAGGGGUCGCCCCCGCAGCCCGGGCCGCCAUCGUGGGAUUUGCAGACCGUAAUGAUGCGCAGCAGGUGCAGUGGCUGUGGGACAGCUGGCCGCAGGGGGACGAAGGUGCAAACAGAGUGCUGCCGCUGCCGCCGGUGAAGCUGCAGAGCAUGGCGCAGGAGCAGGGGUUUGAGGUGGUUGUGUUCCCCAAGGGUCUGCUGCCGCUGCGGCCGGGCAUGACCGAGCAGGAACUGGGCGCUGUCUUCUCCGCCUAUGCUGGCUCGUAG